UUAACAGCAAUACUGUAUAUAUCGUCCUAUACAUUCACAUCGUUUCCGUGAAAGAACACGCCUAAAUAAAAGCAAUCGCUGUGUCAAGGUUUCCUUCUAAAAGGAUAUCACUCUAACGCCAUAACGGAAUUCAGUGCAAUCCUGGAUUUCUUCAUCCUUAACGGAAUUCCAAUUGAUAUUCCAAUUGGUAUUCUUCUUCAGAGGCACACCUGUUGCUCUCUAGUGUUCAUUUAAGACUACUUUUGAAAAUAAUUUCUAGUGAAAAUCUAUACCGAACGAUUUCCUUACUUUUACACCUUUUUUUACGCCUACAUUUUUUCUUCUUCUUUUUUUUUUGUUGUUGUGUAUUUACGUCUAUCGAUAGUGUAGUUAAAUCGUGCAUUGUGGAAAUUGCUGUGCGAUCUUUUUUUUUUUACAUCUAUCUUUUUUUUCUAUUUAAAAUGAAGAACCAAAUAGAUUGACCAGAUUGCAAACGUAUGCAUAGGUGGAAUUCUAUUAACGAUUGGAAGAGAUUAUUUUUCUUCUUGUUCGCAGGCAAGGUUGAUCGUGUUUGAACUUCCAAUAUGCCAUACUAUAAUACCAGCCAUAGUCCAGCAGUUUAUAACAAAGAUGGUGGCUCGAGCGGACCAUCGAGUACUUCCGGUGGCCGUGGAAGUAGUACCGAACCACCUACAUACAUGAUGGAACAUUUAGCGACAUUUACAGUGACGAAAGAAAUAGGCAUUGUUUAUCCGGCUGAUGGUAUGCGUCGUCUUUUGCAAUUAGAAAAAAGCAAUGGUAUAUGGAGUCAAAAGAUGCAGCUUCGUUUGGAAAGAAACUGGGUUCUUAUCAUGGACAACGAAACUGGGGCCGUGAUGGAACGAUUUCCAGCUUCUUUGAUCCAAGAACCAACUGCAUUUACCUCGAGAGACCCAAUGGAGAUGUACAACAACAUUUUGGUAUUUUCUGUCGCCGACGACAGUGGUUCUCAAAGAGCAGAAAUGCAUAUCUUUCAGUGUCAAAGCGUAUCUGCUCAAGAUUUGGUCGAGGAUUUGAAAAUGCUUCAAAUGGGGAAACUCGUACCAGGUGGUUCGCCUAGAGGUCCAAGAGGUCAAAUUCCGCCACCACCUGCGUUACCACCACCUGAACCUCCAUUGAACGGUGUGAAUGUACGCGAACAGGUGUCUGCGUUUAAUGCGGCCAAUGCCGAUGGCCAGAACGAUAUAUCACGUGAAGAAAACAACGACGAAGUGUCCUCAACGUCGUCAGAAAAAUACGAACGUGACGUGACGAUAUUGAAUCAUUGCUUUGACGACAUUGAAAAAUUUAUUGCACGUUUGCAAUAUGCUGCAGCUGCAUCGAGAGAAUUGGAACGUCGACGGCGUAACAGAAAGUCGAAAAAGAGAAACCUAGGAGAUGGCAUGUUAACGAUGAGAGCAAAGCCACCACCAGAGAUGGAGUUCAUUGAUAUCUUUCAAAAAUUCAAACUUUCCUUCAAUCUUUUAGCCAAAUUGAAAGCACACAUUCACGAUCCCAAUGCACCGGAGCUGGUACAUUUCCUUUUCACGCCACUUGCUUUGAUCGUUGAUGCAUCUCACGAUACGAAUUAUGAUCCGAAUUUACCAAGCAAGGUCGUCUCACCUUUAUUGACAAGAGAAGCGGUCAAUUUGCUAAUCAAUUGUGUUACCAGCAAAGAAACUGAACUCUGGCAUUCUCUCGGUGAUACGUGGCUCAUUCCUCGUGAUCAAUGGAAAGGACACGUACCACCUUACCAUCCGAUCUUUACGGAUGGUUGGUCACCGGAAUAUCCCAUACCGGAAGACCGAGAUCACGAUCAUCUUGCUUCUCUUUUGAAUGCUGACAAACAAAAGAGGGAUGAACUUCCUGAACAACAGAACGAUCCUUACUACAAUCAUCGAGACGUCGACGAGUCACAUUAUAGUAGCGAUUAUCUCGAAUACGAUAGCAGAGAGGACCGAGCUGGUACCGAAUACUUUGAUAGAAAUUACGGACCAACCUCGGAACUUUAUGCCAGAGAAGAAAGAGUCGAACAAACCAGAGCUCACAGUGACAUAUCAGUUGAUUCCAUUGAAAGAGCACCCAGAGGUGCUGCCAUCGAAAGAGCUCAAGAAGUUUGGUUGGAUGAGCUCGUAGCUAGAAAUGCUAAGAUCGUUCACGUUACUUAUCCUAGAACAGCUAACAACGAUAAAGAAUUGACGGUUGUCAGGGGUGAAUAUCUGGAAAUACUCGAUGACAGUAGGAAGUGGUGGAAAGCGAGAAAUUCUAGGGGUCAAGUUGCUCACGUGCCACACACUAUUGUUACGCCUCACAAUCCAUCUCAGCCUGCUGAAAAUGAUGUAUUUAAUAAUCCAUUAUAUACAAGUCGAUACCCUAGACAAGGACAUGGCUAUAGUUAUGAAGAUUCUGAAAUUGAAAGAACCAGUACUAGUCCGGGGCCAGAAGCAGCUCAUCGAACUCAUGCGAUUCCACCACCAGCACCCGCGGAUUGGGUGAGAAAAGAACGUCUUGGGAAAAAAGAGAAUUUGACUACAUCUAAUGAAGUUUCAAGUACAAACGACAACGUAUCCGGUAAUACAUUGGAAAAAACUCCAAGAUUGGAAAAAAAGAAUGGCCCAAUAGUUAUAAUCCAACCAAUACAAAUGACAACUUUAAAAAAUAAAUUGAAAAACAAAUCCAAUGCACCAAACCCACCAACACCAUCAGCACCAUCAGCAUCACAAACACCAUCAGCACGAUCAUCAUUGUCAGUACCACCACCACCUCCACCACCUCCUCCAGUUCUACAGACUCAAAAAUCAACUACAUCGACGACUUCCAACAAAUCAGAAUCGUAUAAAAAUAAUAAAUCUUUCGCUGGUACGUGUAAUCAAGACCAAGUUCAGGAGGAACUUAAACAUGUAUUAAACAUGUUUAGAAAAAAGAAACAUAGCCCAAAUAUUCUAGAAAUGCAAGCAACAGUUUUACAUCAAUAUUCUACUCCUCGUGAAGUUCAAUCUUGGUUGACGGCGAAAGGAUUUUCAGAUAAAGUUUGCAAACAAUUGAAAGAUAUGACUGGUGCUGAAAUAUUUAAUCUAACGAAACGACAAUUGGAGCAAUAUUUUGGCCCUAACGAAGGUGAAAAGCUGGGGGAACAGCUCAUCUUAUCACGAAACGAAUGCGGGUACGAAACGACAAGGGUAUCAGAAUUAAAACAGAUUUUAGAGAAGGUUCGGCAAAAGGCAGAAUAAAUAAAACGUAAAAGACACAAUUAUAGUAAGCGUAUAUACAUAUAUAUAAAUAUGUAUAUACACAAUAAUUGAACGCUUAAAAGUAGUUGUAAUUUUUAAUAAAAUUAUGAAGCGCAAUAAGCUAUCAAUAUUACUUAUAUAGUUAUAUAUGCAACAUAUAAAUCAAUUAAUAUGCUCUAGUACUUCAUAAUUUUAUUAAAGGAAAAUACUUAAAAUAAGAAAUUUUCAUUGAUAUACUUAUUUUCUCUUUCAUAUGUAAACUGUACAAAAAUUAGCUUGCACACAUUCUCUACUCAAAAUUAAUAUUCACUUUUUAAUUUUAGAUAUAUGUAUAUAUUUAUGACAGACUAAUUGUAACUUAAAGAAUUAACGAUAUUAAAGUCUCAUAAUUUUAAAUAAAUACAUUAGCAGUAUUAGCCAAAGAAAUGAAUUUCUACAAAAAAAAUAAUAUAACAUAUGUCAUAUAUAUACGAAGACAAGUUUUAAAUCGACUAUCAUUUUCAUGAACACUUUGUUUAAAAUUGAAUGCUUUGUUAUUAAUAUCGCGUUAUGUUUAUUUUGAAGCUAUCAUUAUACAUUAAUUAUUAACAGACAUAAAUAGUUAUCCGCCUGUGUAUAUAUCAUUUCUUGUAUAUAAUCUUAGAAUUAUAUAUCCGAUAUAUUACACAUAAUUUUUCUGAAUACUCCUCCAGUCGGAAUCACAUGACGUGAACACAUCAAUAAGUAUAAUAAUAAUAAUAAUAUUGUAUAGAAUUUUCAAUUCUUAGCAAAGCUCCUUUCACAAACACAUCACCCACUUUUUAUUAUUAUUAGCUACGUUUAUCAUAUAUUGCUUCUAUACGAAGCAUAUUUAGUGGCGUUUAAUAAAAAAAAAGCAUUAAAGAUUGCAGCGCAUUUUACGUACGUCAAUUGUGCGUCAAUUUACAAUCUAAAUUAACAAUAUAAUAAUAAUAAUAAUAAUAAUAAUAAUAUUGUAAUAAAUCGAUUGAGAGGGAACAUAAUUGUUUCUUCGUUCGAAUAAUUUGUUAAAAAAUACAAUCGAAUACUUAAAAACAAUUUUAAUGUAAAUGCAAUUGAUCAUCUUAUUUUGUUGUACUCCUUUUAAAUUAUGAUAUGAACAAAAUAAAUAUUUAAUGCAUUUUAUAAUGUAUGCCAUGAUUCAUAUAAAAGGCCUAUAAAGUGUCCUUCGAAUAGUUCAUUUUUGGAAAAAACUAGAUGCUAAAAUUCAUUCGCCCUAAAUCCCAAUGUUAUGAAUAUCUAAAAGUUUGUAAAAAUGUUGUAUAAAAUUUGUCUAGAAAACUGGUAAUCAAUCUAAAAAAUCGACACAAGUCUCUAUUUACGAUUCUACUAACAGUGAAGGAUGAUUAUAAUAACAGCUUCUCAGUGAUACAGUGCUAUGAAUUGGUCAUUCGUGAAUGUCUCACACGUUUUUCAUUAGAAGUAACAUUGGUUUAUACAUAUAUAUAUAUAUGUAUAUAUAUAUAAACGAUUAUUAUAUAAUGUUUAUUAUUAUCAUCAGAUCAGUUGCUAUUACCAAUAAUAGUAAUAAUUUUUAUUAUUAUUACGAAUCGGAACUAUCAUUUUUGAUAGAAAAUGAAGAUACUUUCAUAAUCAUUUUUUUAGAACAAAUGUAUAUUCUAAUUACAAAGUGAUUCAAUUCAUUCUAAUUUAUUAUAGAAGAGUAUACAAAAAAAAAAAAAAUGAAAAAAGAAAUUGACAAAUUGGAAUGUGAUAUUAUCAACUUUAAAAUUCAUAUAAUAAAAUAACAGGAAAAUGAUACAUGUAACAUGAAAAACUAUAUUUAAAAGAUCAUUAUUUUGCUAAUGUUCUUUUUUUUUUUCUUUAGUUAUAUUGUUUCUCUUUAAAUACGCGCGCGCGCGCGUGUGUGUAUGUAUACAUAUAUAUGUAAUAAUUGCACAUAUUUGUAAAUUGCUCGUUUUAUGAAAGGAGAUUUUAAAUAUUUAACCAUUUGAUGUAAAACAUUUGUGCGUAACGUAUAGCUUUCAUAGCUCAUAAUUAUGAAAUCUAUAUUAAAGAAGAAACGACAACAAAUUUUAUCGAUUUGAGUUAUUCGUACAUCAGCUGCCACUAUUUGUUGGAUAAGCUUUAAUAGAAGAAUUUAUAUAUAUAUAUACUUUUCUUUUUAUAUUGUGUAUAUAAAUCAUAAAAGUUCCAAGAUUAACAUCUUACAAAUAAAAACUAUAUAUAUAUUAAUCGGGAAAUAUAUACUGAAAUUGGUGUUACAAUCUUAACAAAUUCCAGGCUUCACUUUGAAAUAACUUUGUUAAUAACCGAGAAACCUUUGAUAAAGUUUAAACAAAUCACAUACUACACCUUGUUAUUAAUAAUAUAAAUGUAAACUAUAUAUAUAACUGAUUUUUUCUUUUUUAUAUUUACAUAAUAUUUUUUAAGGCUGCAAUAAAUUGUACUUAUGCUCAAAUAUAUUAUCAUUACCUGUAAUAAGACAUAACAUUACAACUAUAACAUAAAUUUCGAAUAUAAAACAAACAAUCAUAUUAUUAAAUCUCUUUAUAAACCAAUUAAUCUUCAGAUACUUGUGAAUGUUGUAUGUGAGACAUUUACAACUCCAACAUUAUUGAUUUUGCAGACACAUACAUACAUACAAAUAAUAAUGCAAGUACAUACGUUUUAUCGCGCAACAAAAGAAAAUGUCUCUUUUUUUUUUGUAAAUUUCUGUAAUUAUAUGAAGGGUUAAGAUCGUAAUAUGCUAAACAAUCACCUUCUUUCGUCACAUUUUUAAAGGAGUAAAAAGUUUAACGUCAAUAGAAAAAACAUAUUUCGUUUGUCGAGGAUGAUAUCUAUGCAACAAAAAUUUUGGUAUAUCAUCAAAUAUACGAAUAUAUAUAUAUAUUACGUAGUUGUCAUGGGUAAAAGUAAAAUGUCAAUAGAGAUCCUAAGAGGUAUAAAUUAGUUUGUCAGACAAAAGUAAGAAGAAACAAACAAAAUUACGACAGACAAAUCAUUUUUGAUUGUUCCGUAUCUUGUUUCCUAUCCUGAGGACAAUGCAACUGUAUAUAAAAAUGACUAAGCGCGUUAGAUUACAUCUACACGUUAGAUAUAAAAUUAUGUAUUAUAGCAAUACGGAAGAGAGAAAAAAGAGGCUUUAAAUGUUCUGUAAUCUAUUUAAUAAAUAAUAAUAGAUAGAGCUCAAAAAUUGACCUUGGAAGUUGAAAAGAUUUAAAUCGUCGUUUUUUUCUUUACGUUCAUUGGAUCAAUAGUCUAUCUAUUUGAAUCAUUUUGAAGAUAGGUCACUUUGCUCGCAUGAAUUACAGAUCAUGUUUCUACAUAUCUUUGCAACAUUAAAAGAAUCCAAGGCCAAAAUGUGAGAAGCGACGACAAAACGACGACGGAGCGAUAAUGGAAUGACAAUGGAACUUGACAAUGAAGCGAUUAUAAAAGCGAGAUAAUGAAGCGAGAAGUGGAAAGAUAUAUAUAUGUGUAUAUAUAUAUAUAUAUAUGAAUGAAUACAAGUAGUAUACAACCUACUGGGUAGUGGCCUCCAAAUCCUCCUUCGAUGGAACAGACC